GGCUGCGCGGCGGGGGGCGGCGGCGGGCGCGGGGCCAUGCGGAGCCCGGGCUGAGGCGCCGGCGGCCGCCCCUCGCCAUGAAGCGGCAGAACCUGCGCACGGCCGCGCUCAUCCUCUGCAUCUUCUCCUACCUGCUGGUGGGAGCCGCCGUCUUCGAUGCGCUGGAGUCGGAGGCAGAGAGCGGCCGCAAGCGGCUGCUGGAGCAGAAGCGCGGGGAGCUGCGGAGGAAGUAUCGCUUCUCCGCCGACGACUACCGGGAGCUGGAGCGCCUGGUGCUGCAGGCCGAGCCGCACCGCGCCGGGCGCCAGUGGAAGUUCGCCGGCUCCUUCUACUUCGCCAUCACGGUCAUCACCACCAUCGGCUACGGGCACGCCGCCCCAGGCACGGAUGCCGGCAAAGUUUUCUGCAUGUUCUACGCCAUCCUGGGCAUCCCCCUGACGCUGGUCAUGUUCCAGAGCCUGGGGGAGCGCAUGAACACCGUCGUGAGGCUGCUGCUCAAGAAGAUCAAGAAGUGUCUGGGCAUGAGGACCACCAAUGUCUCCAUGGAGAACAUGGUCCUGGUCGGCUUUCUGUCCUGCAUGGGGACCUUGUGCAUCGGCGCCGCAGCCUUCUCUUAUUUUGAGGGCUGGACUUUCUUCCACGCCUAUUACUACUGCUUCAUCACCUUGACCACCAUCGGCUUCGGCGACUUCGUGGCCCUGCAGAAGAACGAGGCGCUGCAGAAGAAGCCCCCGUACGUGGCCUUCAGCUUCAUGUACAUCCUGGUGGGGCUGACGGUCAUCGGCGCCUUCCUCAACCUGGUGGUGCUGCGCUUCCUGACGAUGAACUCGGAGGACGAGCGGCGGGACGCCGAGGAGCGCGCCUCGCUGAGGAGAGCCCGCGGCAACCUCCAGCCCCGGCCCGCCGGGGACGGCCGCGCCCCCAACGCCAUUUUCCUGCCCAGCGAGGACAGGACCAGCCAGAUGAACCUCAUCCCUCUGAUCCUGGAGGAGCGGCAGCGGCGCCAGUCGGCCCACGCGGCGGCCGCCGUGCCCUCCUUCUGCACGUGCCUGUGCUACAGACCGCAGCUCUGCGGCAGCCCCGUGCCCUCCCACCCCGAGACCCUCAGCUGCCACACCAACCCCGUGUACUACAACUCCAUUUCCUACAAAAUCGACGAGGUGUCCCUGAGCACGCGGGGGCCCACCGGCUCCUCCCCCGGCAGCACCUUGUCCUCCGGCAGCCCCCGCUGCCGGCACCACGCCCGGCUGCGCAGGAAAUCCAUCUAGGAGGACGCUCAACUCUUGACCAAGAUGAGGAAUGAAGAACAGAAUGUCAGCUCCUUCUUACUGCUCCCCUUUCCCCCCCUUUCAGCUGGCAGCCAGCCCCAAGCAGGGUCCAGCAGGAGCGUUUAAACCCUGCUGAGAAACCCUCGCUCCUUUCUGCCGCACCGAAUGGCAUCUUUAGUUUCUGUUUGCUUUUUCCUCCCAUGCAGGUUCAAGCGUCUGGGUCUGGCAAGAGGUUCCCCAGUGUGAAGUCCAGCAGCCUCUGGGUUUGCUUUCCCACCUCCCUGCUCCCCAAAUGGAGACACUGCUGCCCUCCCACUCUGCCCAGCCUUGGCUGUGUGCCCCUUGAAGCCCAGGCUGGGCUGCGCUUGCUGAGAGGGCGCUGAAAGCAAAGCCCAUGUUAGUGAGCCCAGCAGGGCUGGGGAGCUUUAAGUUGUCCCCUGACACUGGGUGCAGGUAAGUUGGUGCCACACAGCAGGUUUGCAGCUGGUGGGUGGGCAGGAGGGGACAGGCUGAGGUCCUGCUGCUCAGGAUAUGGGGACAGCUUCAUGGCACUGCACCUCCCAUGGCCAACCCCUCCAGAUCUCAGCUCAGGCUUGUGGCUGGUGCAGUACUUCUGGAAGCUGGACAUGCUCAGCCCCUCACCCACCUGCACACCUUACCUCACUACUGGUAGCUUCUCCAGGCUGAGCUGGCUGGUGGGAUGCAGUCCCAUUUGCAGGGGAAGCUGAACUCCUCCAGCCCCACCAUAACCCUGCUCUUUGCUGAGCCUAGACUGGGCCAAGAGCACAGCUCCAGGGAGAGCCACCUGAAGAAGCUUGGCCCUGAUGGUCAUUACCUAAAAUCACUCUUUCCUUCACUACCUUUCCUCCUUCUGCCCACCCAGCAAGCAUGCCUGCUCUCACCUCUUUCCAGUCCCCAGGAGUCCAUGGGCUUGUGGUCAUGGCUGCUGGGGUGACCAGAGGCAGGUGAUCACAUCUUGGUGUGCAUUCCUGGCUGGGAUGUGGGACACACACAGCCCUGCCUGGGAGACUCUUUCACCUGUGCUCCCCAACAUGGCCCACGUCCAUCCUGCAUUGUCUCCAAGAAAGCAGAUCAGUAGGAACUCCACUUCACCUUCCCCCCCUUCUUUCCCCUAAUAACAGGCAUUUUCACUCUUAGUUCCAUCCCAAAUACUCUCUGAGGGGUUUUUCCCCUUUUCCUGGUGGGGAAGGCAUGUGGAGCACCAGCAUUGGGAAGGCCCCAGGGCAGGCUUUGCUCUCUCCUCUGUUCGUUCUUGGCAGUUUAAUAAAAGGUGA